ACCUGGGCGGAUGUCCUGCUGCGCUCUGAUCUUCUGGAUGAUCUUCAUUGGUCCUCUUCUAAGAAGCGUUUCAGUGACUGGGGUCUUCACACCGAUUAUGCCAGGCUCGUUGACCCUCCCCUUGGUCCAGAAGAUAUGGCCAAGCAUAAUAUGCAUCCAUCGCAUCGCUCAUGCUUCUUUUCCGCUAUACUUUUUUUUAGUAAUCCUGGUGUCACGUGACCCUUGUUUUGUAUGA